AUUUCCGGUGUUUUGGGUUCUCAUCUCUGUAUGUAGCACACGUCGAAUGUGAAACGCGCUUCGCUGUCGCUGCUCUGUGUUUUGCCUCCAUGUAUGUGUGGCUGCGUAUGUCGCCUCCUCUCCUUCACUAGUUUACUUCAUCUCCCUCCACUGCUCUCCUCCUCCAGCAUCAUGGCAGCGGCGGCUCCCAACCCGGAGGACUCCACCCGGAGCAGCAGCAGCAGCAGCAGCAGCAGCAGCAGCAGUAGCAGCAGCAACGGCACCAGCACACCCAGCGCUCUCGCCGGAGACGGAGAUGCUGAGGAGGCCGAGGACUUCACCUCCUCCUCCCACUGCUCGGAGCUGUCUCGGCGGCAGAACGAGCAGAGGAAGCAGGGCUUGUUCUGCGACGUGACGCUGGCCUUCAGCAGCGGAGCGGCCAGCGGGAGCGUCCAGAGCUGCGAGUUCUCAGCCCACAGGUCGGUGCUGGCGGCGUCCACAGAUUACUUCACCCCGCUGCUCGGAGGACAGUUCUCCGAGUCGCUGUCCGGACGGGUGGAGAUGAAGGAGUGGAGCUCCGAGCUGGGGCCGGACCCAGACACGGUGGAGAGUGUCAUCCAGUACAUGUACACUGGAGAAAUACGAGUUAGCACCUGCAAUGUGCAUGAAGUGCUGGAGCUGGCUGACAGGUUCCUCCUGCUGCAGCUGAAGGAUUUCUGUGGUGAGUUCCUGAAGAAGAAGCUGAGCCUGACCAACUGUGUGGCGGUGCACAGUCUAGCCCACAUGUACACCUUGGACCAGCUGGCUCUGCGGGCUGCAGACAUGAUCCGUCGCAACUUCCACAAGGUCAUCCAGGAUGACGAGUUCUACACGCUGCCCUUUCACCUGGUCCGCGACUGGCUGUCCGACGCAGAGAUCACGGUGGACUCCGAGGAGGUGCUGUUCGAGGCCGUGGUGAAGUGGGUGCAGAAGAACCCGGAGGAGCGAAGCCGCUACUUCGAGGAGCUGUUUCGUCUCCUUAGGCUGCCGCAGAUCAAGCCCACCUACCUGACCAGGGUGGUGAAAGCCGAGCAGCUGGUGUCCGCCAAUGAGGCCUGCCUCCGGCUGGUGUCGGAGGCGGUGGAGGGCCACGCCAUUCGCUUUGAGAACCUCAAGUCAACUGAUAUGGAGUUCUGGUCUUCCCACAUGGCCUCCUUUCAGCCUCGCUUUGGCCAGAACAUGGACGUCAUCAUGGUGGUAGGCGGUGUGUCAGAGGGAGGGGACUACCUGAGUGAGUGUGUGGGCUACUUCAUUUACGAGGACCGUUGGGUCAACCUGCCUCACAUCCACAACCACCUGGACGGCCACGCCAUCGCUGUCACAGAGUCCCACGUCUAUGUAGCUGGUUCUAUGGAACCAGGCUUUGCUAAGACGGUGGAGCGUUACAAUCCUAAUCGCAACACCUGGGAGCAGGUGAGCAACCUGACCACACGCAAGCACUCCUUUGGCCUCACCUGUAUUAAGGAUAUACUGUACAGCAUCGGUGGCCACGGGAACUUCAGUCCAGGUUUCAAAGACGUCAGUAUAUACGAGCCUGAGCAGGACAAGUGGCACAAUCUGGAAUCUGCCCCCAAAAUCCUGCGGGAUGUGAAGGCGGUGAGCGUGGAGGACCGCUAUGUGUACGUCACGGCUCGCACACCUGUCGAUACAGAUAAUGAGGAUGGACUGAAGACGGUGACCACUCGCUAUGACACAGAGAGCCGCCAGUGGCAAGAUGUUGACUCCCUGCCCCUUAUUGACAACUACUGCAUCUUCCAGAUGGCUGUGGCGUCUACUAACUUCUACCACACGGCGUCCUGCUGCCCCAAGAGCUACACAGUGCGGGAAGAGGUCGCCAAGCAAAAGAUCAGCGCACGCACCUCUGAUGAGAUCCUGGAGAGCCUGCCACCAGAGGUCACCAGCAUCGAGGGCGCCGCCAUCUGCCACUUCGACGAGGACGUCUUCAUCAUCGGCGGGUGGAAGAACAGCGAUGACGUGGACAAGCAGUACCGCAAGGAGGCCUACCGCUACUGCGCUGAGAGAAAACGCUGGAUGCUGCUGCCGCCCAUGCCUCAGCCUCGCUGCCGAGCCACCGCCUGCCACGUCCGCAUCCCCUACCGUUUCCUCUACGGCUGCCAGCGUUACCCCAUGCCGCAGAACCUGGCCCGUCAGCGAGAUCGCAUGCAGCAGAUGCAGCAGCUUCACCGGCGCACGCUCACCUUACGCCGGCAGCUCCAGUCGCAGAUAGAGUGCUGAGCAAGUUGGCGUCUGCUUAACCCCAAGAACUACAAGGAUAUACUCCUGCAAGCAUUCAUUCCAUUUCAGCCAUCUUCAUCGACCCCCCACUCCUACAUAACAUGCUGCAGCGAGCCUUGUGUUGCUCUCAUACUGGAUAUCAUUAACCUGAACUCUGUGCCAUCGGCUCUCAUGCUGUGUUGUGUUAAUGGCUGACUUGUGGAAAGCCAUGAAAUGUGUGGACAGGUGUGUACUUACCCGCUGGUGGUCUGCGAGGAGAGAUAACGGGAAUGUAAACAUGUGAAUAAGAGUGUUAUAUAGCAGCCAACAACUGAAUAUCCUUUUGUCAAGUAUGUUGGUAUAGAUGCUGUUUAUCUGUUUUGUACAUAAAUAGGAUAAAGCUGUAUAUGUAAACAUUUAUAUGGAUAUUUUACAUUCCUUUAUUGUAAGCCUGUACUGGAGAGGCUACAUGACAUCAAUAACUGCAUUCCUGCAUUCAUUCCAGCUCGCUUAAUGAAGUCUCAUUCCAUUUUAACACUGUGACAAUCUCUUCAUGCAAGUCGGUUCAAACAUCUUAACUCGUAACUUGUAUCAUAAUAGCUCUAUUAGAACUGCUCUGCUUGUUAUUGUGCAGCCUCAACAACUAAAUAAUUCAGAAAGGCUGUUAAUCUUAAAAUCCUGUAGGAUAGUUUACUUUUAGAUUGCAGUUUUCUUUUAAACGGUUGUACUAAGUGUAUUUAAUUUAAUUUAAUUUUUGUUGCUCAUCUAACACUUGAAAACUAGAUCUUCAGGUUCCUGACAAGGUGAAAUUAUGAGAGACCUGUUGAAAAGAUGUGAUAAGAUGUAAUAAAAUGAUUCCUUUGAGUUAUCUUAACAUUAAAAUGUUCUAUUCAGCCACUGCAUUAAGCACCAAUCACUGGCAAUGGCUCAAUCAUUCCUUUCUUUUGCACUUUGGCAGACUAUUGUUCAGUGUAUUCCCAUUAAUUUGAAGAAAUUGAAAAUGUAUAUAUGUAUGAGUGUGGGAGUUGUGUAUGUUUUGUGUUUGCAAAGCAGAGCUUCUUUACUACUGCACUUUUUGACAUCUAAUUGUAAAGUCUUACAGAAGCAUAGGGAUUUAAGUUGCCAUUGCACUUUGACUUUGUUUAUUUCAUUUGUUUCAUUUCAGACAAGGUGAUUGUAUUUUGGAAAUGCUUUAGCCAGCAAGUCAGUAAGUUUUGAUCUUGAUCUGAAAAUACAUGUCAUUAUUUGCAGACUUGUUUCCAACAUUAAAUGUCUUGUUAAACCUUGUGUUACUGUGGGUGUAUAUUAGAGAUCGGUUAUGUUGUUCUGUGGUCUCCUCUCACCCUCCUAAGAAAAUUAGAAAUUAGAUGAAAAGGAAUUAUAGGCAAAACAAACAGGAUUAUUAUAAGAACGUGUUGUGACUGACAUUCAGAAGUUCUCGCUGUCCAUGCAGCGCCUAUUGCAGCAUAAAGGUUACAGAGCGAAGAAAUGACAUUCAUUUCCACUUUAUGACCAUUAUAAAUAACACUGCAAAUAUUAAGUGGAAUAAGCUAUGUACUUUGCUUUGCAUGUGAUAGUCUGACAUUGUGUCCUCCUUAUAGUGGAUGUAAGAAAUGCUAAUGUCAUCACUUGCAAUUAAAGUUGUUUUGUAAGACAAA